AUGAACUUCUCGUCCUCAACUACAAGCGAAGACGAGCGAGGCGGUACAGCCAGUCGAGGCGGAUCGCGAAUUGCGGCUGGUCUUGGCGAGGGUGUAGCUGGCAAUAUCAGUAGGACAAGCAUCGUAGGUGGCGACAAGCCUGGAGCGGUAUCGUUGGCAACGAUUGAUGUAGGGGCGAGGGUUCCGCCUGCAUUGCCGUACGACAAGAUAGUUUCUCUGCCCUCUGGGGACAGUGGUAUCGGGCUUAUCAGAGGAAGAUGAAUAACGAGAGCUACGGUUGGCGUCACGAGUGUGCUAUCAGUGGGCAAAAACAAACCACACUCUGCCGUCCACAUGUACAUGUGAUUGAUCCGCAGUUUUUGCUGCCUUUGUUUUUAGAUGCCGGGAAACUGUGUGAGGUGGUGUGGAUUGAUGACUGACCGCGAAGAGGUAGUCUGUGAUAUCUAGCACAUGUGUAGUCUAUCUGAACUA